GUGGCAGUGUGUGUGACUAUGGGGAUGUGGGGGAGUGGAGAAACGCCCCCUACUGUUCCAAACACGCCCCUGACACCUCUGAUCACACUGGCUGGGGGGAGCAGGAGGACCCUCUGCAUAGACACUCCGAAACACCACUCAAAGGAGGCAUUGUUGCCAUGAAGGAGCCGGUGUGUCUGAUUGAUAAUGGGACAGACGGGCGCUUGCGUGUCCAACAGAGGUCGCUACAGAUCCUGGAGCAGAUCCAGCAGCCGGUGGUGGUGGUGGCUGUGGUGGGGCUCUACCGCACGGGGAAGUCUUACCUCAUGAACCGGCUGGCUGGGACACAAACAGGCUUUGCUUUGGGCAGCACCAUCGAGUCCAAGACCAAGGGCAUCUGGAUGUGGUGUGUGCCUCACCCCAAUAAAGCAGGUCACACCCUGGUGCUGCUGGACACAGAGGGGCUGGGAGACGUAGAGAAGGGCGAUGAGAAACACGACACCUGGAUCUUCUGUCUGACUCUCCUACUCAGCAGCACUCUGGUCUACAACAGCUUGGGCACCAUCGACAACAAUGCCCUGGAAAAACUGCAGUUUGUUGCUGAACUGACGGAGCACAUCAAGGUAAAGUCCAGUGAGCAUGACCGGAAGACAGAACUGAUGCUGGUUUUCCCCUCCUUCGUGUGGACGGUCAGAGACUUUACUCUGGAGCUGGAGCUGAAGGGCAAACCCAUCACUGCCGAUGAGUACCUGGAGAACGCCCUGAAGCUGAAACCAGUCGAAACAGGCUCCUCCCCGGAAGUUCUUAAGCACAAUAAGUUGCGGCAGAACCUGAGGGACUUCUUUGCUGUGCGGCGCUGCUUCGUGAUGGAACGUCCAGCCAGCGGCAAAGACAUGAAACGCAUGGAGCAGCUGAGGGACUCUGACCUGGAGUCCAGCUUUGUGCAGCAGGCAAAAGCGUUCUGCAGCUACAUCCACCACAGCGCCCAGGUCAAGGCCAUGAGAGGAGGCCGGGGGCUGAACGGCAGGAUGCUGGGCAACCUGGCAGAGACGUAUGUGGAGGCGAUCCGCAGUGGGAAGGUGCCGUGUCUAGAGAGCGCUGUGGAGUCGCUGGCGGCGAUCCAGAACGGCCGGGCCAUCACAGAGGCUCUGAAGUUCUACCGGGCGGAGAUGGAGCGCAAAGUGAAGUUCCCCACAGAGACUCAGGAGGCGCUGUCUAUGAUUCACACUGCUGCAGAGAAACUGGCCAUCAGCAUUUUCAUCAAUGAAUCAUUCAAUGACCAGGACCACAAAUACCAGCAGCAGCUUGUGACAGACAUGGCGAAAGAGUAUGGGGAGUUGUGUAAGAAGAAUGUAAAAGUGUCUCGUGAGGUGUGCCGGUCAGUCAUCUCUCAGGCGUUUGCCUCUCUGGAGAAAGCUCUGAACAACGGCUCCUACAUGAGGUCUGGGGGCUAUGAAGACUUCCGCUCUGCACUCAACAGAGGAGCUCAACUCUACAGAUCAGAAAAACGCAAGGGAGUCAUGAGUGAGGAGGUCCUGACAGAGUAUCUGGAGGAGAAGAACGUAGUUGGGAAGAGCAUCCGUGCUGCUGACUGCUCGCUAACUAAAGCCCAAAAGAAGAUGGAAGAGGACAAGGUAAGGCGGAAGGAAGCCGAGCAGCAGCAGAAACUUCUGGUACAGCGUAACAGGCUCCAGCAGCAAGCCAUGUGGGACCUGGAGAGAAGCAAUGAGGAGAACAUCAGGCAGUUGGAGGUGAAGAUGGAGGGGGAAAGAGUGAGAGCCCAGGCAGAGCUGGAGCGGGUUGUAACCGCUAAACUCAAGGAGCAGCGGGAGCUACUGGAUUGUGGCUUUAAGAGGCGUGCUCAGGACAUGGAGGAGGACAUCAGAAAGCUACAGACAGAUCAGAAGAAAGCGCAGGAGAAGAAGAAGAGCCCGUCCUUCUGGGGAAAGGUGGCCGGUUUUUUUGGCUUCUAGCACUGGGCCAGAAGAAAGGUGGUCCUGGCUGGAGAAGAUUAUCUUGAUUGUAAGGAAAAGCUGGUAGUAAAAAAAUGCAUAACCAGAGAUGAAUUAGAUGGGUAAAGUAAGUUUUCUUGCACAGCCUGCAGCAAUUACGUAGGGGUUACAAAUGUAAAGGCCAUUGUAUGAGGCCAUAUUACCCACAGUUCAAACUUUACCUCUUAUACACACCUAUAUUGUAUUGAAAUAUGUUUUUGACAUUUAAUAUUUGAUUUCCCAUACCUUUUACCUUUUUUUAGGUUGUAUUAUUUAUUCUACUAAUCAUGUAGUCCAUAUACACUAGCUAGUUAGCUCCUGUUAGCAGACAUUAACCAUGUUGAAUGUGAUAUCACUGAAAGUCCUCACAAAAACAAAUAUUUCCACUGGACUAUUAUCAGUGUCAAAUAUUACAUCAUGAAAUAAUGCAACCCUCCUUUAAUAAUAUGGGUGUUAUAAAUAUUUUUAUUUUAAUGUAGACAUCAUUGGUUGAUUACAUAUGUCUUAUAUCUAAAUACCAGUUACACAUUCUGAAAUUGUUCCUAAACUGUAAAAAUGAUUAAAAAAAAAAAAAAUGUGCUCUCUCAUGUUUGUUUCCUCUAGUUUUAUUCUAACUUUCUCCGCACUUCUCCAUAAAAGUGUUGACACAGGCCUGACACAGCUCCUGGAUUAAAUUGAUGACAUCAGAAUACUUCUUUUCAACUCUGCCAGUUUUCCAGUGUCACAUGUCAUCUGCAAUGGUGCAGAUGUUUUCCAGUUGAUUAGGUAGGAGAGUUCCUGGAAAAGGAUCUUGACUGCUGUCUUCAUGUAAUCAGGAACUGUGGCCGUGUGAAUGUGGAUCUGAUCCAUAUUCUUGUGGGCCUCGUUGAAUGCGUGCCAGCUUGAGUUACAGAGUCUGGGGACUUUAUGUACUUGAAGCCGGUUGGUGGGGGGGGUUCUUGAUGAUGAAGAAGUCAGUACCUGAGGAGAUGAAGACGAGCUCCCCCAUGAUGGCAAUAGAUGGCGUGGUGGAGAGAUCUUCGCAAUGUUUAUGUCCAUUGCUUAUGUCCAAAAGUCAGGUGCUAUAGGACAAUUUGACACAUCAUACUUCUUCUUAUGAAUGGAAAGACCCUUUACAGAAUGAUGGCAAAGAGACAGGUUGCAUAUUCAUGAAGGGAUGGAACUAUGGGGUAACACCCCUUAUACUCAGAGUAAUCCUUCAAAAAUAUAUGGUAUAAAAAUGACUCAGUAUCUACACAAGCUCCACAGUAGUAACUGACCAAGCUUUUUGAAUGACAGUGUCUGUUACGACCCCUGGUGGCUCGGAGUAGAAGCUUUUUGAAUGAUAUUGUCACACCUGCACUGAGCCCUACUCCUGCCACGCCCCCUCCUGAUUCAACUCACCUGCCUCCGUCACAUUCCCAGUCCCCGAAUUAUAAUCACGAACACCUGUCACUCCCUCCACCACACUAUUUAAACUCCUCACUCCCCUCACUUGUUGUCUGGCCUCAUCCUGUAUGGACUGGAGAAGUCUGUUUCUAGCAUGAAGUCCGUGACAGACAGUUGGCAUGGUUGAAAACUGACCCUAUAGUUAGUAGAUAGUGAUUUCAGAAUAUGAUAAUGAGGCAAAAAUCUGCAACGGGAACACAUUUUCCAUAGAUAACAGAUAACAGACGAAUUGAGUGGGACAAAGUCAUUAAGCUACUAUCUGAUGUCAUUUUGAAGGGGACCAC